AUGAGCAUCAACUAUAGGAUUCCCGAGAGCGUCUUGGAGGGUGGGAUGCUGCGUCUUUCUGUGAGUUCGUACUUUUUAGGAGAAAAGUUUUGAGAAAUUUGACAAACGGUUUUCAGUUAAUUGUACCUCAUCGGCUAGCUGUUUUUCUUCGGACAAUCACUUAGCCCGCUCACAAAUUUAACAAGUCAAGAGCAGAACGAAAACGUCGUUCUGAAGUUGGAAUCGACGAGAAAGUCUGCGCAACUUGCGACGAAAGGGUAAGGGUAGGAAGACCUCAUCCCCGACAUUAAUUAUUUUCUUACGGGGGACAAAAUGAGAAAUAAGUGGAUCCAGAAUUUCGUACAGUUUAACAGUGCAAACAUUUACAUCCGAACUAAGGAAGAAAACAGUCCAAUCGCAGGAGUUAAGGUGUGUUAAUGAUUCGGUCGAGCGAUCUGAUCGGAACUCGCGGAAAAGGCUAUACUUUGCGAACAACGUUUUUUCAGUCACGAGUUCUAACUAUGAAACAACUAAGUCAUGGUCUGAGCUCCCGAUGUGGCCUAGGAAUGACAUUGACGAAGGCAUGCAGCCUCUACAGGAAAUUUGUUUGAAUAUGCUUGAUUCUCUGAUGGGAAAAUCGACAAUUUGAAUCCACAUCACAACAUCCACAGCCUCAAGGAAGUCUUUGAACAUUCUAGGACCGGAAGGCGGAAACCAGCGGACUUCAGGAAGAUUAAAGUCACCCACAACCAAUUGAUAAUUAAAGCCUAAGUCGGCCACAGCAUAAAACGGCUGUAAGAGUAAACGAUCAAAAUUGUCGUUGGCGUUGGGAGGGCGAUAGACACAGCCAAUGAGGAAACAGGACUUAUUUUUAAGUGCAACCUGGAUCCAGCAGCUGCCUUCUACCGCGGAAAAAUGCGGGAGGUUCAGCGGCAAAAAUGUAACCGCAAAAAUGAAAACCGCUGGUUUUAAAUUUGAAGAUAAGUGGAGGAUAUUAUUUUAAGUGGUUUUUCUGUGAGACCUAACGAUUUUAGUACCUGUUUUUUUGGUUAAAUUUCCUUAAAUACAGGCCUCUUCUCUUAGAACUGCCUGCUGCCAUCUCCUUUUAAGUUCUGCUAGUCUAUACCCGUUGUUCACUAAUCGCACUCUGCAAUUCUCAUUUUGUGCAUCCGAUUUCUCUCUAACUGUUGUAAUUUAUUUUUACACCGUUAGCCCCUAGCUGAAAUUCAGUCAGCUUGUCUGCCGGAAGUUUUCUUAAUCACAACUUGACUCGAGACAAGAUGAGACCAAAAGUCACUGGUCGACGUAAGCUCUCGGCUCUUGCAAGUAAGCAUGGCCUAACUAAACGUAAGUCAGAAGCUUUACCUAAAUCUAAGUCAGAUGAUAUUACUAGUCAGUCGUCACCCGUUGUAAUUGGUCGGCAGCUUGAUCUGUCUGCACUUGACCACUGCAAUGACUUUAUGCUAAAGUUUGGCUCUUUGCUGACAAUUCUUGGACAUAUAUUCGACGGGAACAUCUCCGAUAUUCCCUCUGAAGAAUGUAGGCGUCUCGACUCACUUGUUCACCUGAUCGCCAGUGAAUCUAGUGAUAGACAGAAGCGUUCUUACAACUUCCUGCUAAAAAAUGUUCCUCGAUCUGAUCGGCCAAUUGAUGUUACGACCAAUUUCCUGUAUUCAUGUGGUUUCGACUACAAAAUAGCCGAUGCCAAACGCUUGUCCUCUCGUAGAAAAAAUUCACCCAUCUUAGUCAAAUUGUUUUCAUCAAUCGAGGUUGGCACAAUCUUUACCCAUCGAGAGCGUGUCACUGCGUACCUAGAAAAGGCAAAAUAUUUCCUUUGUCAUGAACUUACUCGUAUACAGCGUAGAAUGGGGUCUCUAUUCUCACGUAAACCCACUGCUUCUCAGUCUUAUGCUCCCCAACUCGGUCAUAAUACAAGUGGCCAUAAGGAUUCAGCUUCUCCUACUCCUGCGACAUCUGACUCCCUCCUUCCUCCUUCUCGUACAUCUCCAUCUCACUCAAGCCACUUGACGCAUUUGCCUGCCCCUAAACUUGCAGCAGCAGCAGCGGCAGCAGCAGCAGCAGCAGCAGCAGCAGCAGCAGCAGCAGCAGCAGCAGCAGCAGCAGCAGCAGCAGCAGCAGCAGCAGCAGCAGCAGCAGCAGCAGCAGCAACAGCAGCAGCAGCCCAUUUGUGGUUUCGUAUCCUCCGGAUAG